GCUUUAAAAAAGUAUAGUCUAAUUUUUAAUCCAUCAUUUUUUUUUCUUAGGUUUCCAAAUAUGAGUACUUUGACUACUUCUUUUCUUCCAUCACUUGAAAAAGAAAACUCUGUGUUUGUUUACACAACAAGAAGAGGAGGACACUCCAAAAAGAGCCAAUCCAUUGUUCCGGUGGCAAGGUUAUUUGGACCAUCAAUAUUUGAAGCAUCAAAAUUGAAGGUUCUUUUUUUAGGUGUAGAUGAGAAAAAACAUCCAGCAAAACUUCCAAGAACAUAUACACUUACACAUAGUGAUAUUACAUGUAAACUCACUCUUGCUGUCUCUCAAACCAUCAAUAACUCUCAGUUAGAAGGAUGGUAUAAUAGAUUGCAAAGGGAUGAAGUGGUUGCAGAAUGGAAGAAAGUUAAAGGGAAGAUGUCACUUCAUGUUUAUUGUCACAUUAGUGGAGACCAUUUCUUAUUAGACUUUGUUGCUAGGCUCAGAUACUAUAUUUUCUGCAAGGAACUACCUGUGGUCUUGAAGGCAUUUGUUCAUGGAGAUGGGAAUUUGCUAAAGAAUUACCCAGAGUUAGAAGAAGCUUUGGUUUGGGUACAUUUUCACUCAAACAUACAAGAAUUCAACAAAGUAGAUUGUUGGGGUCCUUUAAAAGAAGCAUCUUCACUAUCUUCCACCACAACUACUAAUUCAUCAUCUAGUGAAUUUGGUGAUAUUCAAAUGGAGAAUACAAGCAAUAGCAAUUUGGAUUUACCACAGCCAUGUCAAGGGUCUUGCACAUGUUGCUUCCCCUCAACAAGGAAAAUCUAAAGAGCGUUUAAUAUUGAGAAUGUUGAAUGUAUUACACGCAGGUGAAAUAACUAGCUUAGUGAAUCGAUUGAAAUGGUUUUGUAUUGGUCUACAAACUUUACAAGAUUGAUGUAUUUUACUGUCAUUGUAUGUUUAGGACUAGAAAAACAUAUUAGUAGUAAUUCUUUAAUUCUAAAUGGCCAUUUGGGGAUUGUGCACCAAAUUGCACUUC